CACCAUCCAACCUUAUCCUACGCACCCCCAUUCCCCAACGCCAUUCCCUUUCCCUUUCUCUCUCUUCUUCUCAUCUUCAUCUCCACCUCUUCGGUUUUCGCUAGGGUUAGGGUUAGGGUUUCCUUCUUCUUCUCCUUCUUCUUCUUCUUCUUCUUCCUCGUCUUCUUCUUCGUCUUCUGUUCGCUUCUCUCUGUUUGUCGCCCAAUUCUCCAUGCCCAAUUCUUCGCGCUCAUGGACCACCACCGAAGGCAAUCCAAGGACUCCGUCUCCUACUCUAAUCUCUUCAAUCUCGAGUCUUUAGUGAACUUUCAACUUCCACAACCAGAUGAUGACUUUGAUUAUUAUGGAAAUAGUAGUCAGGAUGAGAGUAGAGGUAGCCGAGGUGGAGCAAUUGCAAACCAAGGUAAUGGGCUAGUUUCAGGGGAGUUUAACUCAAGAAAAAGACGGAGGUCGCAGAACAGCGAAUACGACGACGGGGAGAACUAUUACACCACACACAUUACAGAGGAACGGUAUCGAUCAAUGCUUGGAGAACACAUUCAGAAGUAUAAGAGGAGGUUCAAGGAUUCCUCCGCAAGCCCUGCCCCGACCAAGAUGGGAGUUCCGAUGCCAAAGAGUAACUUGGGCUUGAAAGGUAGGAAGUUGAGGAAUGAGCAACGGGGAGGGUUUCUCGAAUCGGAAACUACACCGGAUUGGCUCAAUGAUGUUAAUCCUCCGAAAACGGGGAACUUCCGCCAAGCAGAUUUUGCUCCGCCAAAUGACAUCGAUAGAACAAUGUAUGAGCCUCCUUAUCUGGAUAUUGGGGAUGGAAUCACCUACAAGAUUCCUCCAACUUAUGACAAGCUGGCAACUUCCUUGAACUUGCCAAGCUUUUCUGAUAUUCGAGUGGAGGAAAUUUACUUAGAAGGCACAUUGGAUUUAGGGUCCUUAGCAGCAAUGAUGUCUACUGAUAAAAGGUUUGGACAUAAAAACCACGCGGGUAUGGGCGAGCCCCAUCUGCAGUACGAUUCUCUUCAUUCAAGAUUGAUGGCAAUGCCAGCUUCUAAUUCAGCUCAGAAGUUCAAUCUAGAAGUCUCUGAUAUAGUAAAUUCGUCCAUCCCAGAGGGGGCAGCUGGAAAUAUUAAGAGGUCUAUUCUGUCUGAGGGUGGUGUUUUGCAGGUCUACUAUGUGAAAGUUUUAGAGAAAGGCGAUACAUAUGAGAUAAUUGAAAGAAGCUUACCUAAGAAGCAAAAAGCAAAGAAAGAUCCUUCUGUAAUUGAGAGGGAGGAAAGGGAGAAGAUUGGAAAAUUUUGGAUAAACAUUGUAAGACGAGACAUACCGAAGCAUCAUAGGAAUUUUACAACCUUUCACAGGAAGCAACUAAUUGAUGCAAAGAGGGUUUCAGAAAGCUGUCAGAGAGAGGUGAAACUAAAAGUGAGUAGAUCACUUAAAUUGAUGAAGAGUGCUGCAUUUCGCACAAGGAGGUUAGCCAGAGAUAUGUUGCUCUUUUGGAAGAGAGUAGAUAAAGAGAUGGCAGAAGUGAGGAAAAGGGAAGAGAGAGAAGCUGCUGAAGCCCUGAGGCGUGAACAGGAGCUUCGAGAAGCAAAGAGACAGCAACAAAGGCUGAAUUUUCUUAUUCAACAAACUGAGCUUUACAGCCACUUUAUGCAGAAAAAGUCAAGCGCACAGCCAUCUGAAGCUGCACUUCUAGGGGAUGAGGAAAUAAAAGAGCAAGAAGUGCUUAUGAGCUCUUCAGUUGAGGAGGAUGAUCCUGAAGAGGCUGAGUUGAAGAGAGAGGCUUUGAGAGCUGCUCACGAUGCUGUCUCUAAGCAGAAAACACUAACAAGUGCAUUUGAUACUGAAUGUCGUAGGUUGCGCCAGGAUGGUGAACCUGAGAUUCCACAGGAGGUUCCUGGAGCUAGUAAUAUAGAUCUACAUCAUCCUUCUACCAUGCCAGUGACAUCAACUGUUCAAACACCACAGAUGUUUAGAGGUUCUCUUAAAGAGUAUCAGCUAAAAGGUCUUCAGUGGCUUGUUAAUUGUUAUGAGCAGGGUUUAAAUGGAAUUCUUGCCGAUGAAAUGGGCCUUGGAAAGACCAUACAAGCCAUGGCAUUUUUGGCUCAUUUAGCCGAGGAAAAGAAUAUAUGGGGGCCUUUUUUGGUUGUUGCUCCUGCAUCUGUAUUGAAUAACUGGGCUGAUGAAAUUAGUCGUUUUUGCCCUGAACUGAAAACUCUUCCAUAUUGGGGUGGGGUUCAAGACCGUGCAGUACUUAGAAAGAAAAUCAACCCAAAGACUCUUUACCGUAGGGAUGCUGGGUUUCAUAUCCUUAUUACCAGCUACCAGUUGCUAGUUUCUGAUGAGAAGUAUUUUCGGCGUGUAAAAUGGCAAUAUAUGGUGUUGGAUGAAGCCCAAGCAAUUAAAAGUUCAAACAGUAUAAGAUGGAAGACACUGCUUAGUUUUAAUUGCCGAAAUAGAUUGCUGCUGACUGGUACACCUAUCCAAAAUAAUAUGGCAGAGUUGUGGGCCCUUCUCCAUUUCAUUAUGCCAACGUUAUUUGACAGCCACGAACAGUUUAAUGAGUGGUUUUCUAAAGGAAUUGAGGGCCAUGCAGAACAUGGUGGCACCUUGAACGAGCACCAACUUAACAGAUUGCAUUCUAUAUUAAAGCCUUUCAUGCUACGUCGAGUUAAAACAGAUGUAGUUUCGGAGCUAACUAGUAAAACCGAGAUCAUGGUACAUUGCAAAUUGAGUUCUCAACAACAAGCUUUUUAUCAAGCUAUCAAGAACAAGAUAUCUCUUGCCGAGUUGUUCGACAGCAAGCGUGGACAUCUUAAUGAGAAGAAAAUUCUUAAUUUAAUGAACAUCGUCAUUCAGUUAAGAAAGGUUUGCAACCAUCCUGAGCUAUUUGAGAGGAGUGAAGGGAGCACGUACUUCUACUUUGGUGAGAUACCUAAUUCUCUUCUACCCCCUCCCUUUGGGGAAUUGGAGGACGUACACUACUCAGGGGGUCAUAAUCCUAUUAUAUUCAAGGUCCCAAAACUUGUCUACAUAGAUGUUCUGCAAAAACGUGACAUAUCUACUUCAGCAGUUGUACGUGGUAUCAGCAGAGAAUCCUUCGAGAAAUAUUUUAAUAUAUAUUCUCCAGACAAUGUUUAUAGAUCCAUAUUUGCAAAUGAGAAUCGGUCAGAUGGCUUGUCUGUUGAAAGUGGAUCUUUUGGUUUUACUCACCUGAUGGAUCUGUGUCCCGCUGAGGUUGCAUUUCUGGGAACCAGUUCUUUUAUGGAGUGCCUAAUGUUUUCUCUUACGAGAUGGGACCGGCAGUUUUUGGAUGGAAUAAUAGAUUCAUUUAUGGAAACUGUGGAUGAUGAUCAUGAACUCGGUUACCUUGAGAGUGGAAAAGUGAGAGCUGUUACACGAAUGUUGCUUAUGCCAUCAAAAUCUGCAACUAAUUUGCUUCAGAGGAAAUUCACAACAGGGCCUGGUGAUGCUCCUUUUGAGGCUUUAAUUGUCUCUCAUGAGGACAGGCUUCUGUCAAACAUCAUACUUCUUCAUUCAGUUUACACAUUCAUCCCUAAGACUAGAGCUCCCCCUGUUGAUGCACAUUGUUCUGACAGGAACUUUGCUUACAAAAUUAAUGAUGAACGACAUUGUCCUUGGGUUAAGAGGUUGUUUGUGGGGUUUGCACGGACAUCUGACUGUAAUGGGCCCAAAAUGCCAGAUUCUCCUCAUCAUUUAAUUCAGGAGAUUGAUUCUGAAUUACCUGUUUCACAACCGGCCCUUCAGUUGACGUACACGAUUUUUGGCUCUUCUCCUCCUAUGCAAAGCUUUGACCCAGCAAAAUUGCUGACAGACUCGGGAAAACUUCAAACACUUGAUAUAUUGUUGAAACGCUUGAGAGCAGAAAAUCACCGUGUUCUUUUAUUUGCUCAAAUGACGAAGAUGCUGAAUAUUCUUGAGGACUACAUGAACUAUAGGAAAUAUAAAUAUCUCAGACUCGAUGGAUCCUCCACUAUAAUGGACCGCAGGGACAUGGUCAGGGACUUUCAGCUUCGGAGUGACAUUUUUGUGUUCUUGCUAAGUACAAGAGCUGGUGGACUUGGCAUUAAUUUGACUGCUGCCGACACUGUCAUAUUCUAUGAAAGUGAUUGGAAUCCAACUUUGGAUUUACAGGCAAUGGAUAGAGCUCACAGAUUGGGUCAAACCAAAGAUGUUACUGUGUACCGAUUAAUUUGUAAAGAAACAGUUGAAGAGAAGAUUCUUCACAGAGCAAGUCAGAAAAAUACCGUCCAGCAGCUUGUGAUGACAGGCGGACAUGUUCAGGGUGAUCUCUUGGCUCCUGAGGACGUUGUAUCUCUACUUCUGGAUGAUGCCCAGUUGGAGCAAAAAUUGAGAGAGAUUCCGUUGCAGGUAAAGGAUAGACAGAAGAAAAAACAAACAAAGGGUAUUCGGGUAGAUGCAGAAGGUGAUGCGUCUUUGGAGGAUGUGGAUUUAACAAGUAAUGGAUCUCAGGCUGCUGGAUAUGAGGACUCCCCGGAUCGGGAGAGAGCCAAAUCCAGCAACAAGAAGAGAAAAGCUGCUGAGAGUUCAAAAUCAAGGAAUGCUCAAACGGCAGAUGAACCAAACUCCAUGUCAAUGGACUUCGAUUUUGAUGAUACCCCUCAAAAUACAGAUUCAAUGCCAAAAUCUAAGAGGCCUAAGAGGCCUAAGAAGAGUGUAAAUGAAAACCUUGAGCCCGUGUUUACGCCGACCGUAGUUCCAGAGCAGUCCCAAUAUCCGUCAUCAUUGCCCGAGGCAAGUUCCGGUGGUACCAAAGCACAAGCGGGCGAAGAUGGCUCCACUCACAACAACUCAUUUACUUGAGAUACAAGUCUUGAGAUUUUUUUUAUCAAGCUCGGCAAUUUUUUUGGUAGGAGGCUGCAAAUAUUUCUCUUUCUGAGUGUGUUUAUUUUCCAGGUCUGUUUUCAUUGUUCCAUUUUGGCGAAGUGACAAUGGUAAUAGACUAAGGGAAAGAAAUCAUGCUCCGUAAGUAUAUUAGUUUUGUCUAUAUUAGUUCUAUUAAUCGGUCUACUCCCAUGAAAUUACAAAGAUAAGAUACAGAUGGAAUCACUCUGUACUCUGGCAAUAUUUGAUGGGAAGUUAUAAUCUUGAUAUUUUGCUAAUAGCUCAUAUCAAGGGGCUUGGUUCGGGAAACUUUGCGCGCAAGAUAAUCUGCACGGAAUUUCAAAAUACAACUUCCUCUCUUGUUGCUUUAGAUGUAAAAGAUUUCAUAUUUUAAUUACAGUGAAAUAAUGCAAAAUAUGAGGUUAU